UGUGUUGGAAUCGCGGGUUUACCUCUGUAGUGAGUAACAUAUGCUUUGCAUAUAGUUUUGAUCCCCUCUUCCUGUGGAAUGUUGGUAUAUAGACUUGUCACGUCCAUUGAAACAAUGAUCGCGUGCUUUGGGACUUCUGUGCUUUCUAUGAAAUUAAUGAAGUCUGUAGAGUCUUUAAGAUAAGAAGCCUGUCUUUGUGCUAUAGGUUGCAACAGCCUAUCAAGAAAUGCUGAGAUUCUUUCUGUUGGUCCGUCACAACCUGAUAUUAUUGGCCUACCUACUGGUGUAGGCUUGUGAAUUUUUUUGUCAUGUCAUCAAUGUUUUUAUUUUCAUGUAGUUCUUGUAUUAGUUGUUUCACUUUAUAUUGAGUUUCCUUAACCAUCGGUUCAUCUAAAGGUCUAUAGUGUUUCGAGUUGUCAAGUAGUAUUUGACCUUCGUUUAUUUUGUUUUCUGUGUCCAUAAUAACGACACAGGAACCUUUGUCUGCUUUUUUCACAUUAAGAUGUUUGUUUCUUUUUAAAGAUUUUAGUGCUUCUCGUUCUUUUGAUGACAGAUUGUUUUUUGGCUGUGACAGUUUAAUUUCUGCCCGUUGUAAUUUAACCUCUUCAAGAUAACUUUCGAGUGCAGCCGAGGGUUGAACUUGUGGUAUCCAGUUUGAUUUUACGUGAUAAGGAUGUGGUUUGUUAUUUUGCCCAUGAAAGAUAUAUUUCAGGCGCAUUCUUCUCGCAAAUUGCUCAAAAUCCUGAAGAAGUUGACGCCUGAUAUGCUGUUUUUUUGUUAAUGGUGUGGGUAUGAAUUUUAACCCUUUAGAGAGUAAAUUUAUUUCAUGGUCUGUGAUGUUUUGACUGUAUAAGUUCUUUAUGUACCCCUUGUUUCUUUCUAGUUGUGUUCUUUUAUAAGCUUGUGUUUUUGAGGUUUUGCGUUCUUUACGCUUUUUACUGCCCGAUUUUGACAGUUUGUUGUUUUCCUGUACACCCUUGUUAUGUAAGUUGGACUUAGUAAGUAGACAGGCAUACUUUUCACCACUUUUAUUUGACAUUGUGUUCAUGAGGUUUUUAAACUCGUUGAACUUUUUAAAGAAGUUUUCAGCUAUCUCUUUUACAUUUUGCUCAUGAGUAUUCUUAUUGUCCGUUGAUUUCUUGUUCACAGUUCCUGUCGGUCUCUUUUGCCGCUUGAGUGAUUUUUUGCUUUCAGCUAUUCUCCUUUCAUGGUACCUGAUUAGGGCGUUCACCACCUCUUGUUCUGUUGUUUUUCUUACCCUUUUAAUGUCUGUUUUAAAGGCUUCAUCUGCCCUUAUGCGUGCUCGUGCUUUGUAUUGUAACGUCUUUGGGCAUGUUCGUCUUUGGGUUGGCAAGACGUGAAAUGGGCAUAUUGGAAAGUUUCAGUAGGUUUAAAAUGCGUUCGUACGUCGAGAAUUGACGUACUGUUAAACCGUUUGCCUUUGUACACAAUUGUAUCCAGAAAACUUUCUCAAAACCGACUAGAAGAAUUCCAAAAGCACCUUAGAGAGAGAUGAUAUCCACGAAACUUAAUAACUCUAACUCUCUCUGAAAUACACUUUGAGAACAGGAAAGUAGCACUCCGACAAAAACCAUCAAGAGAAAAAGCCAUUUUGCCCUCUGUCACGCAGUAUCAACCAUCAGUUCCCAUCCUUAAAAACAUUCUUAUGAAACACUGGCAACUGAUAGAAAAACAACCUCUUCUGAGACAGAUCUGCAAAGAAACCUCCAAUUAUAUCAUACAAACGAGGACGGUCUCUGAAAGAUAUACUCGUAAAAGCUAAACUCCGAGAUUUAAAGGCUAAAACACGUGGGUGGAAAGCGUGAGUCAGGCUUGUCAACCCCUAUGAUAUUUCAAUUUUGUUAAUCACUCGUAUGAUUACAGACCGAAUUGGACUCCACUCAGUCCUGUUACCAUUACUUAUAACACUGAAGCGUCAGGGUCUACAUCAAGAAAAGUGAUCGCGUGAUAAAAACGGUUACAUAUAACGUUUGAAAUUUAAAUUAUUAAGAAAUUUUAGAAUGAAAAGCGCGCGCUUGCUUUCAAUCGCCUACAACUCUUAUACGAAACCUAAGUCACACGAAAGCUCGCGCUACAAUCUCUGGCUUUCACAUGUUCGAUUGUACCUUAGAAUGAACUUGCGUCGAUGUCUGCAUGUAGAGACAAGUUCGUUGCGCUUGUUCAGUGUUGCCAUGUGAGGCCUACAGAUUAAAAAAACGUCUCUGUUGUACAUAGAUUGCAACGUUUCGUGAGGUUGGUGUAAGAUUUUGCUUUGGCGAGUAAUUCCCACGUGAUAUUGAAUUCCUUAUUUGCCUCCUUUAGCUGCCACAGGUGCUUGCUCAGCUCAGUCUCAUUCCUUCUCUUUUCAUGUCUAUAUAUAUAUAACAACAGCAUCGCGAAUAAAUACGACCUCAACCAAUGGAAAAACACCUCAGCGGUUAUCAACUGGUUCCGAUCCAUCGACAAUAAACAUAACUCCAGCUUUAUCUGUUUCGACAUCGAAGAAUUCUACCCAUCCAUCAGCCUAGACCUCCUGAACAAAGCACUCGAUUUCGCAUCUGAUUAUGACAACAUCACCGCUGACGAAAAGAAAAUAAUUAUUCACGCUAAAAGCUCAAUCUUAAUUUACAAGCAACAACCCUGGCAAAAGAAAGGCGACACUACAUUCGACGUAACUAUGGGGAGCUACGACGGCGCUGAAACAUGUGAACUUGUCGGUAGCUUCCUCCUUUCACAACUACAGAACCUCAACAUCAACGUAGGACUCUACCGGGACGACGGACUUGCCAUCACUGACGCCACGCCUAGAGAAACUGAGAACAUCAAGAAAGAAAUAUGCCGCAUCUUCAACGCUAACGGUUUGCGCAUCACCAUAGAAGCUAACAAACAAGUAAUCAACUUCCUAGACGUCACAUUCAACCUUGGCCGUAACACCUUCCAGCCGUAUACAAAGCCUAACACUACAUUACAAUACGUCCACCACGAGAGCAACCAUCCACCAAUCACUACAAAAAACAUUCCCGCAGGUAUCAACAGACGCUUAUCAUCUCUCUCAUCCGACAAAGCCUCCUUCGACCAAGCCGCGCCCGCCUACCAGAAAGCACUCGACGACAGUGGAUACAGCUGCACGCUUCACUACGAACCCACCCAUACACGCAAACCGAAAAACCGACAACGCAAUAACAUUCUAUGGUACAACCCACCCUUUAGCAAGAACACCAGUACCAACAUUGGACGUAAAUUCCUCGCCUUAAUAGACAAGCACUUCCCCAAGGACCACAAGCUACGAAAAAUCUUUAACAGAAACACCAUCAAGAUCAGUUACAGCUGCAUGAACAACGCAAAACAAAUCAUCGACAACCACAACAAACGAAUCUUGACUGCCCAUGCUAAGACUAAUGCUACCACCGCUGCCGCCGACUCCGCCCCCACCAUCAUCAACAACAACAACAAGAAAUGCAACUGCCGACAAAAGAACUCAUGCCCGCUCAACGGGAACUGCCUUCAGCCUGCUGUCAUCUACCAAGCUACUGUCACACGAAAAGACACCAACACGACAGAAACGUACAUCGGGCUUACUGCGAACGACUUCAAAACAAGAUACAGCAACCACAUGUCAUCAUUCCGUCACGCAAAGAACAGAAACUCCACUGAACUCAGCAAACACGUCUGGACUCUUAAAGAAAACAACAUCAACUACUCUAUCGCCUGGCGCAUUCUAUCUUCACACCUGCCGUACAACAGCUCAAGCAAACGAUGCAACUUAUGUCUUAAAGAAAAAUUCCUUAUCAUCUGCCGACCUGAACUCUCUACACUUAACAAACGUAAUGAACUCGUGUCUUCCUGCCGCCACAGAAACAAAGCCCUCUUGCGCAACAACUGAUGUAACGUACCUCGCACUGAAUAAAUUAUGUAAAUCAGUCUAGUAUAUAAGUAAUGGUAAAGUUAUUCUCAUUAAAAUCCCCUGAUGAGUGGGCAACCACGAAACAGGCUUGUAGGGAUACUUAUGUAGUUACUUGUUUUCUUCCGUCAACCAUACGUAUACUCGCUCUACUUUAUGUAUUGAGCACUGUUUUACGGAUUUCAAGUUCAAACCUCUUAUAUAUAUAUAUAUAUAUAUAUAUAUAUAUAUAUAUAUAUAUAUAUAUAUAUAUAUAUAUAUAUAUAUAUAUAUAAAUACUUGUAUUCUGGGUAGAACGUAUUCCGUAGAGCGCUCAAUUCAUUUAAUUGAAGAGCAUUGACUAUUAAUAAUCACAGGAGUUCAGGCUUCAGGAGUAAUCAUUGAUCGUUUAUUGCGACAGUGCUGUUUCGUAUGGUCCGAAAUUGUAGGACCACACUCAUCAGGCAACUUCAACGAUUGACCGUUAAAAUUAAAAGCUGGCAGUAAAUAUAGGGAUGCGUUAAGAGAUAGUAUCUAGGUAACAGAUGGAUUAUGUCUUAGUUACGUUACUCUAGAGUUCUGAAGUACAUAUCUGUUUCUGUGGGGGCAUGAACUCGCUAGUUCGUUUCGCCUGUUUAGGCUACAAAGCUCUAGAGUAACGUAACUAAGACACAAUCCAUCUGUUACCUAGAUACUAUCUCUUAACGCAUCCCUAUAUUUACUGCCAGCUUUUAAUUUUAACGGUCAAUCGUUGAAGUUGCCUGAUGAGUGUGGUCCUACAAUUUCGGACCAUACGAAACAGCACUGUCGCAAUAAACGAUCAAUGAUUACUCCUGAAGCCUGAACUCCUGUGAUUAUUAAUAUAUAUAUAUAUAUAUAUAUAUAUAUAUAUAUAUAUAUAUAUAUAUUUUUUUUUGUUGUUGUUGUUUUUUUUCGUUGUUAUUGUUAUCCUUUUUCUUUUUUCUUUUAGGUUUGUAUUUAUUUAAGUGGAAUUGUAUAAUUUAAUUCAUUUAAUUACUGCACUUUUCACAAACAUGCGAACUCUAAAGUUCAAAAGCCGCCUUCCCAAUUGCGUUAAUCGCUGCCGUCAAUCAUAAUUACGAUCACAAGCGACGAACCUGGAAACACAGAAACACACAAAAAGGAUCGAAAUCCACCAAUCACAAAUCACAAACCAUGACCUUUUGAACCCGUUAAAGUAAAGUUUUGUUUCCUAAGAGGUCCGUUAAGAUGAUUGACGGCAACGAAAAACGCAAUCGUCAGUUGGCUUUUGAACUUCAGAAUUCGCAUGUUUGUGAAAAGCGCAGUAAUGUUUAUUCUUAAAUACCAUUGUAAAACUUGUCUUAAAUUUAACUCAAUAAAAACUAUUAAAAAAAAAGACAUGAAACAAUCUGAAAAUGCGACAUCGCAAGGUGUGGCCCAGCUAAGCCUUCGGCCUCGGUGGAUAACACCCUCCGAGUAAUUCAAAGUAAUUCCUAGUUAAAAACAUAGCUCAAACAUGCUUACCCGCAUCGAUGUUAAGUUCAUCUUCGAUAGUGUACGUUUAGGUUUGUCCAGUUCCGCAAAUAUUCUCCAAAUAGCAGAUGUCGCCCUACGAGUUGUCUUCUUGCUGUUUUUACUAUGUUUUUACCUAUUAUUUCGCCUAGUUCCAGCUGGAGUUCUUACUCUUGAGACGAGUGAAAUGUCCGCCAUUUUUUUUCCAUAACCCAAACAACUCAACCUCCUCCCCAGGUCUUCUCGGUAACGGUGCCUUAACCUGUAGGGGGCUGCCUUUUUGACGUCAUUUCCUCCUUAAACACAAAUUUCUUCCAAAUUUGGUCAUCAGUAACUGAUUAUGGUAAAUUAUGCGUGUGCUUUUAGCCAAUCAGAAUUGGGGAAAUAAAUCAUCACAAAACAUCCGUCAAUAAUAAAAAAAAUAAAAAAUAAUUACUGUUAUUGUUAUUAUUGUCAUUAUUGUUGUUGUCGUCCAUGGUGAUGCCUAUUAUUGGGUUUACCACCCACCCUUCCCACGAUAAUCAAUUGCGGGAAAUCUCGGAAACGAUUUUCUGAAUAUAAGUGAGAACUUCCUUCAUUCUCGACACUCCCCGUACAAACGUCAAUGUACUGCUUGGUAGCCUUAAUGGCAUUCAAUCCAUUCAUCUUGAAGCCAAGUGACAACCAAUAACUUCAGGUGGUAAUCUAUAGUUCACUUUACUCAAUUUGACAGGACCACACAAACGGCUGCGAGUUCCUCAAAAUCCCCUGUGUACAUCCUGAGUGUGGCAUUUUGGUAAAGAAAGCUGAUCUUCCAGAGCAUCUGGAGAAUGAAUGCAUGUACAGACUUGUGGAAUGUGGAUUUUGUCAUUCCCGGAUAGUCUUUAUCAAGAUGACGGUACUGUAUCAAAUAACGUUUUUAUACUUCCCGAUUGUUGGACAGAAUAUUUACAUUCAAUUAACCAAUCAAUCAAUCAAACAAACAAUCAAUCAGUUAAUAAAACACACCGUAUCAACUAUAACGGUAGACCAACCUACCGGUAUACCGGUUUCUUACAUCUUGCAGUUUUUAGACGAAAAGGCCCUUCGGGAUUAGCUAGGGACAUGAAUGAAUGCCCUCAUCAGGCCAACUAUGUGAGGCCUCUUUGGUGAUUAACAAUUAUUCCACUCCUGCUUGUUGUAUAUGAGAUGGUGGAUAGCCAACAAGGCUCGUGGCGUCAAGUUGGCUAUAAUCAUUUCAUAUACAACAAGCACGAGUGGAAUAAUUGUUUUAUUAAAACGCCCACAAAAUAUCGAGAAUUCUUCCCGAUUUUAUUAGUAAAAUCAACCGAUUUUCAGUUCGUUUUUAAUUUGAGCAGACGUAUACAGUUACCAUAUUUGGAGAGCAUGGUACUAUGGCUCAUAUACCAUGAUCGCUCUGCCAAUCGGAGCUCUAGAAUUGCAUUAUCCAAUGAUUCAGUUGUUAAUAACAAUUAAUGUCAUUUUUUGUAGCACCAUCAACAAAGCGAUUGUCCAACUUAUCCAGUGAUAUGUGACAAAUGCAACAAGGAGGGUAUUCCACGGGGAAAGGUGAGAUGUUUUUUUUAGACCCGUUCCUUGAUUGACCUCGUCCUUGAGGUAAUUAAGCCAGAUUAAGUCAGAUCUGAAGUAUAAACCAAAGGAGACUGAGAAGUAAAAAAAAUUCUGUUUUAGCGAGCAGCCCUCUCUUCUUGUUCCAGUUCUUCCUAUAAAUAAUUUUUCUUGCAUGUGACUCUUUCAAGCCACGAAAUACUUUUUACAAAGAAACCAACUGUAAGCAGUCUAUCAAGUCUCAGAUAAGAGCUUUAAUCCGUCUACUCAACUGUUAUAAUAUUAGGCAUCUUGGAGAAAGCAUUCUUGGAAAAGACUUCCUAGCGACAAUAUCGCUGGUGGUCUUGAAUUGAUAUAAUUUCCCCCAUGUCAGAGAAUCGGGAUUCCGGCAUCCGGGAAAUUUUUGCCUGUGGAAUUUAGAAUUGUGGGCUUUGGAAUCUGGAAUACAGCUCAAGGAACCCGGAAUCCCACUAACGAUUGGAUUAUAGAAUCCAAGUUCGGGUAACAAAGAUCCUGAGAAUCCAGUACAUGGAAUCCAGAAUACAAAGCAUGAGAUCCAGAAUCCAAGACUGUCUUGGCCUUUUGGGGCGGUACAAGUGAACACAAAAUUGAAGGUGUUUAAACAGUAGCAUAGACCAGAGCUAUGUAAAGACUGAGGCUAAUGAAUAAAAGGUAAUGCGACACUGACAUUGAGAAAUGCGACUCGGCUUAAAUUGAUCAUGACCACUCCAAGAACUAAAACAUAUCCUGGUCGACCUGGUGUGUCAAGUUGAAAAUUUGUUUUCUUGUAUCUAGGUCAUUCUUUUUUUCUUUACUCAAUGAGCGCGUUUCUAAUUAAUCCUUGUAAAUUUUUGGUUGGCAAAGUUGUUAACUCAGAUACCAUUCCAGUUGGCAGAUCAUCAAAAUCCUAUCGUUGGAGACUGCGAGGGCGUGCAGGGUCCGUGUCCAUUCUCACAGGUUGGCUGUUCCAAGACAGAGGUAAGAUUUCAUUUAUGGUUUCCUUUUCUAGAAUAGACAGGAAAGAGUAUUGCUGAAAGAAUUAUUAUUCAUCCAUAGUAAACGCAUGUUAUCUUAGAGUUAACUGUAAAGGAAGGAAUCAUGGAUGAGAUGAUAACAGACGCUCCCUCUUUAAAAUAUGCAUUAACAUGUGAACAGUAAGCUUGGACGUCAGCAUACAGGCGCCACACUGGCAGCGGCUCUCAGUCCACUUACGAGCUUACUCUACCCACCCAACCCAUGAUGUGACUGAUGUGUGAAGGUUGACCACACCACCGGGUAUAGUUGGCAUAAGGCGACUUCUUUUACCAAUCAGCGCUAACAAUAGACGCACGACUUUAUUCCCAUUUGAGUCCUCGAGGGUUACAGCAACAAGCAAGAUGGUAGACUAUUAACCUCAAAGACUCGACUGACAUUAGGCCCGAUGUACCGUAAUUUGUCGUAUUGAUGUGUUAUGUUGGGGUUUAAACUGAAAUACGAAGUGAAAAUAAAACUUCAGAAAUACUGCGAGCGCUAAAGAAAUACAGCAAAAAUGAAAUACAGCAAACGACUGGACAACGCACUUACAUUGUUUUGGCGCAAAACUUCUGACCACAAAAGAGAUACUCCUGAUAGGAAACUACUACUUAGUGCUCUUGAAGAAACAACGUUGAAAUAAAAGCUGAACUGAAUAUGCUAGAAGGCGAUUUAAGUUACAAACAACAAAUGCAAAUAAGGGCUAGGCGCACGUGGGAUUCCCAGGGGAGUUGAAUAGCAGCUAAAUUGUUCUUUAGGGCGUUAGAUACAAUACUGGGGUCCACGUCCCCUACUGUUCUAGAACAAUGGUGUGGGUUGUGUAAGUGCUGUGGGACGGGACCUACGGUUUUUCGUUCUCAUCCGAGAAGACUAGAAAGUCUAACCGUUUGCAGAUGUCAUUACAUUAAGGCAGCACUUUCUUCUUAGUUGUAUAAAGACUCUGAGCGUUGGUCUGGACAGGGUUCGUACCCGCGACCUGCCGCUCAGCAGACCGGCGCUCUCCCAACUGAGCUAACCAGGCGGCGGUCAACUGUACAUUGGAAAAUUGGUAAAACGCAGCAUUUUAAUGUAAAGUCACGGUUCAAUGUUCAUAGUUACCCGUUUUGCAUUUUAUCAGAUACUUAACCAAAGGGAAAAGAGGGAACAUUUAAAACAAGAAAAUAUCCACCACAGUAUACUCAUACUUCGUUUUGCCCUUGGUAUUAACAAAGACUUAGAAGCUAUUGUUAGGCGUGAUCCAAGGGCCAUGUCACGAAGUCCUCAGAUGUUUACAAACUACGAUAGUGUCGUUCAAGAUCUUCUUGUCAAGAUGCAAAAUAACUCAGAAACAACGAGGACUUUGCAAGAAAAGUUACGAGAGCACAGUGAACGUAUAACCUCAUUAGAGAGAAAAGUGGCCACGGUAAAUAUAUCUGGAGCAGUGGCCGCAGCAUCUGCUCCUAGAUCAUCUGAUGCUGACGUUAGUUUGCCAAAUAUGGAUAUAACAAGAAGAAUUACCAACCUCGAGAACAAAACCGCUGACCACGAAGUACUUUUAGUUGAAAGUAAUCGCACUAUAGUGGAGACAAGUAGAGAAGUUGGAAUGGUUAAAAGACAAACAGAAAGCGUCCAAGAGAGUACAAGGAGGAUUGACAGACGAAUUGAAUCUAUUGAGCAUACACUUGCUCUUCGAAAUGUCACCCUUGCUGACUUAGAGGAGUACGUUAGGCAACAGGAGUUUUCGAGUUACGAUGGCCAGUUGCUCUGGAAGAUAACUGAAUUCGCCAGAAGACGAAACGAAGCCGUUAGUGGACAACAGAUAUCCUUUUACAGCCCGUGUUUCUUUACUGGUCGCUAUGGUUAUAAGAUGUGUGCGCGCAUCUAUUUAAACGGAGAUGGCAUGGGAAGAGGAACACACGUCUCAGUGUUCUUUGUUAUCAUGCGUGGUCAGUAUGACGCAUUACUCCGCUGGCCAUUUAGGCAAAAGGUAACUUUUAUGUUAAUGGAUCAGGAUAAUGUUGAACACGUGAUCGACGCCUUUAGGCCUGAUCCUAGCAGUUCCUCUUUUCAGAGACCGAGAAGAGAAACAAAUAUUGCAAGUGGGUGCCCCAUGUUUUGCGCGCUCACGGAACUAAAUAAUCACGCGUAUGUGCGAGAUGAUACAAUGUUCUUAAAAAUCAUAGUAGACACAUCCGAUUUGUAG